UUUUGAUGUUGUAAGACAUACCGUUCAUAAUGCCUUAUUAACUCAAUUUUUUUAUAAGCCUCUUCGACAAUGGUUGUUUUGAUUCUCAACGUGUAACUCACAAAUUAAGAAGUUUUAUGAAUCGAAACACCGGUAUGAGGCACCCGUUCUUGAAUCGGUUGGAAUGGAAUGAUGCAUGAAAGCGUUCAUAAUAAGACGCUUACUGUCUGCUCUUGAUUCAACACACUUCAGAUGCAUACGCGGAGAUGGAAGGUGUUUGUUUCGAUCUGUGGUUCAUGGAGCUUGUCUAAGAGCAGGGAAGCCAUCUCCAAGUGACAGCCAUCAGAAAGAACUUGCAGAUGAGCUUAGAGAGAAGGUAGCAGAUGAAUUCAUUAAGAGGAGGGCUGACACUGAAUGGUUUCUUGAAGAUGAUUUUGAGAGAUACGUUGUACAGAUGCGGCAACCCCACAUUUGGGGAGGCGAGCCUGAGUUGCUUAUGUCCUCGCAUGUCCUGCAGAUACCGAUUACAGUUUAUAUGCGGGACAAGAAUUCUAGGAGUCUCAGAAUCAUAGCUGAAUAUGGUAAAGAGUAUGGUAAGGAUAACCCUAUCCGUGUACUUUAUCAUGGCUAUGGACACUACGAUGCAUUGCGUGGUCCAAGUCCAACUACUGGUGCAGCGUCCAAGCAGUUGAAACAAAGAACAGAGAUGCAGUAUUAGGGCUGUAGUCAUAGUGAGAAUCUUGAACUGUAUUGCUUUGCUUAUAGAUUUGAUCAUCUGUUAUGAAUAAAAUCGUUCAAAGAUUAGAUCGAUUCCAAUUCA